AUGCAAUUUGGAAAAUGCCAUUUUGCAAGGAAACGUUUAGCUAUUUUAGUCCAGUCAUUUUCUUUAGGUACUAGCAUAUGUAGUGGUUGUAAUCUCUUCCAAAGCCAAUCACACACUUCUGGAACAAUUUUGACAAUCGUUGAUUUGCCAAUUCUGUAGCUGAAGGAGAUUGUUUUGUAAGAAUCUCCAGUGGCAAGGAACCUAAAAUUUUUUAUUUUUUUUUAAUUACCUUAUAGGAGAAACAGCUAAGAAGAAAUGGACCAAUAUAAGGGAUGCAUUUCAAAAUAAUUGGAAAAAGAAUACAUCCAAGAGUGGAGAUGGUGCCAAGAAAAACAUUCGGUGCUACAAGUAUGCAGGAAUACUUGGAUUUCUUAUCCCAUUCAUUCAAAACAGAGAGUAAGUAUAUAUGCCUAUUCUUUUGUCCUGUGUCCUAGAGAAAAAGGGCUUUAUUGCAGUAUUAAUACACUUAAAAGUGAACUAAAAAUGAGGUAAUAUUCAGGCAAUUUUUUAUAACCAACUCUCCAAAACAUUGUAAACAGCAAUUUUAUGUGCUACAUGUACAUAUACCUAUAACUCUAUAAUUAAACCCACAUGUUCUCUUGGGAUGCUUUCCAUUUAAUGGUCUGACCGGUCAGACCUGAAUUUUUGUCUCUGUAUCAAUGGAAAGAUCUGGUCUAUGUUUCUCAAAUAUCUACAAAAAAUCAGCCUCAUUCUAAUUUUAUUCCCUUUUUUCUUUCCAGAACAUCAACUAACCUGGAUACACCCGAAGAGGGAUCAGAUUCAGUGGGUAAUGGGCAGGAAGAGUUAGAAAGAUCCGAUGAUGAAGAUUCGCUGUUGUCCACAGAUACAUCUGCCUCUAGUACACCUUCCCCUGGUUUAUCACAAUCUUUAGGGGCAACUCCCUCGUCAUCAAUAGCUUCCUACUCUUCCCGAAAGCGACGACAAAACUCGACUGAAAAUGCUGUUGACUUAUCUAUUGUGGAAUAUUUGAAAAGUCGCAAAACUAUACCUGAUAAACCAGAUGAGAUAACAGAAUUUUUUAAUUCUAUGGCUAUCAGUGUAAAAAAAAUUCCUGAAUUGCAACAAGCUGUGGUGAAGUUUAAAAUUCACCAAAUAGUACAUGAAAUGGAAAUCCUCUUUGCAAAACCACAUCCAAAGCAUCAAACUGGACUGCUAAGUCAACAGCCACACAUACAGACUGGGCCAAUACAGACUGGGCCACAGUCUAACCAAUUUUCACAUCCACCAUAUCAAGUUUCUCAGGGCAUGCCUCAACACCAUCAGUUUCAGCAAUCAACAUCCCUAUAG